AUGGAAAAGCAGCAAAAAGGGAGGAACGUUGGAGAGAAGGAGGGCGCUCAACCAAGCAGGAACAGUGGCGAAACUGGCCCCGAACCUAAGGAGCAUAGGAUUGACAUUAUUGAAAUCAGUCCUAAGGUGGAAAAUUGGAUUGGGUCUGUCGAAAAAUCAGAAGAAAGGACUCAAUCUCAAACUCAAUGGCCAAGGAUACCAAAGGUUCCUCACAUUCUGAGGGGGAUCCAGGAUUUCGAGAAAUUCUACGAACCGAGGGUAAUUUCAUUCGGUCCUUACCACCAUGGCAAGUCCCACCUUCACCCAGUGGAAAUGAUCAAGCCUCUAUGUGCCAAAAAAUUCCUGGCUGACAGUAACCAGGACAUCAGAGCUUUGUACACAAAUAUUGAAAGUAAUAUCGAGGCAGUGAGGAAGUGCUAUGAUUGUAGUACAAACGAGUAUGAUGAUGAGGCACUCGCCUGGAUGAUGCUUCUGGAUGGGUGUUUUUUACUAUAUUUCAUUCACUGUGUAGCGAGAAGAAAUCAGAGUAAGUUGCAUGGUUUGAAUGUUAAAGAUCAUUUGAUUACUUUUGUGCACCAGGACUUGUUCUUGCUGGAGAACCAACUUCCCUUUGGAGUCCUCAAGUUGAUUUUUAAGGGGGCAAAAUUCAAUGAUGGGUCACCAAUGGAAGAGACGAUAAAAAAAUUCGUCACUGACACCGGAAGGCCCACAGAAAUACAGCUGCAAGAGGAAAACGAAGAGCCCUCUCAUCUCCUCGACCUUUUGCGAAGUGCUCUGCUAGGCAGGUAUAAAAGGAGUAGCAAGAAAAAAGUGGGGAGUCAGACCGAACAAGAGCGAGAAGCUGAGAAAAAGGGAGAGUCGUCGUUGUCGUCUGGAGGAGAAGAUGGGGGGAGUCAGCCCAAACCAAAGCAGCAAGAUGAGAAAAAAGGCAAACAACAAGACAAUUGGCAGUCAUUUCGACGCAUCAGGGAGCUUAAAGCUGCAGGGAUCUAUCUCAAGCCGAGUAGAACGAGUUCCUUGAGAGACAUUUCUUUCAAAUCCUACUUCUUCUGUGGCCACCUGAAACUUCCCCCAAUAACCAUUGAUGACUCCACGAAGCCCAUGUUCUUGAACAUGGUAGCCUAUGAAAUGUGUCCAGAAGGCCCAGAUGACUAUGGGGUCACUUCCUAUAUAUGCUUCCUUGACAACCUCAUUGAUCAUGCAGACGAUGUCAAGGAGCUGAGAUCUAAGCACAUUCUCUACAACUGUCUCGGCAACGAUGAAGAGGUGGCCCAAAUUUUCAACGAGAUCACCAAUGACUUGGUAGUUGUCGAUGCUUAUGGAGAUGUGAAAGCUGGUAUUCAGACACACUACGACAAGAGAUGGAAAACUUGGAUAGCUGAAGUCAUUCACAACAAUUUCAGGUCUCCAUGGACUAUCACGGCUCUCAUUGCAGCUGUUUCGAUACUAUUUCUUACUGGGGUUCAGACCUACUACGCUCUUCCCGGUAAUUAA